AUGAUGGUGCUGUCGUCCAUGCGAGAUUUCAACCUAUUCCAGGAGACCUGCCCGUUGGCCAUCAGAGCUGUGGGAGGCCUCGAAGUGUUAAUCAAUUUACUCGACAUGGAUGAACCAAGUAUUGGCUCAUUAAAAAUCCUGAAGGAAAUCAGUCAUAAUCCUCAAAUCAGACGUAAUAUUGUUGACCUUGGGGGCUUACCAGUUAUGGUUAAUAUUCUCGAUUCUCCACACAAGAUCCUGAGGUGUUUGGCAGCCAAGACCAUUGCAAAUAUUGCCAAAUUCAGAAUAAUCGAUCGCUUGGAUGGAGUCUGCUUGUUGUGGUCCCUGCUAAAAGAUCCUCACCCAGACGUGAAGGCCAGUGCAGCCUGGAUCCUGUGUCCCUGUGUCGAAAAUGCCAAGGAUGCUGGAGAAAUGGUUUGUUCCUUUGUGGGUGGUUUGGAACUUAUCGUCAGCUUACUGAAAUCAGAUAACAAAGAAGUUCUGGCGAGUGUGUGUGCUGCUAUUACCAAUAUAGCCAAGGAUCAAGAAAACAUUACAGACCAUGGAGUUGUCCCUUUAUCGUCCAAACUGACAAAUACAAACAACGACAAAUUGAGGCGGCACCUGGCAGAAGCGACUGUGCGCUGCUGCUUGUGGGGCAGAAGAGUGGCUUUUGGUGAAUACAGAGCGGUGGCCCCACAGGUGCGCUUCCUGAAGUCCACCGACACCAAAGUGCACCGGGCAACCGCGCAGGCCUUGUACCAGCUCUCAGAAGACAUCAACAACUGUAUCACGAUGCAUGAGAACGCCGCCGUGAAGGAAUUUUUCAUUUUGCAUUGGCUUACAGUAGCUGUGGGUGUUUGUGGGGUACGGUCUAGCAUGUCAGUGCCUGUGUACAGCAUGCAGUGUGAUCAGAGUGGGGCGGUCAGCGUGUCUGUCACCUUAGGCAUGCAUCGCUUCUCUGCACUGGGAACAUCACAAAUCCUCUCCCCACUGUCUUGA